CGUUCCUUAAGUUUCGUUCGCGCGCGCGUGCGUGCGUGUGUGGAAGGAGGAGAAAGGAAGGAAGGAAAGGAAGGAAGGAAGGGAAGGAAGGAAGGGCAGGGUAAAGGAGAGACAGAAAAUGGCUGCAGAUUUGGCCCUGGCUGGAAUUCGUCUUCAGUCAUCACCCAGAGAAUUGUCUCCCGCGAGAGUCGCCGUAGACUGCUGCACAGGUCUGUGCUAAGAAGUGCCUUGUCAAGUUGUGGCUGCUAGACCCUGCGUGUUAGCCUGGCCGCCGCUGCUGCUACUACUACUGCUGCUGCUUCUAUCACCCUGCGCCCUACUGCUGCUACUACUGCUGCUGCUAUUGCCAAGCAAGACAUCCACACAACCUCAAGCCCGGGCCGUAGCAGCUGUCAACAUCUUAUUGGUCUUCUCUUCCCACACCUUGGACGUGGAAUUCUCAAAUAAACAACAACGGAAAUUAUAAAAUCUCUCGCCACUGCAAGUGAAGAGAGGUUGUUGUCAGAAGGUGGGAGGAAUUUAAUUACUGUGGGCGAGAAGAAAGGAAAGGGGGAGAAAAAAAAGUUAUAGAAACGUACAAAAAAAUCUCCACUGCCGAGCGGGAAGAGAAAACGUGCAAGAAUUUUUGUUUUAUAUUAAUUCUACCUUGAGUCUCACUUGCUCUCCCAGCUCCGUGGGUAGCAAGGGGAGUUUAUUCUCAGCCAUUGGCAGAGACGGUCUCCAGCGUCGUCAUAUUUCUUGCACUUAACAUGCUGUUUUCUAGGCAAGGGCCAGACAGCACGAUGGCCGUGCGGGACACGCGAUGGUUGACGCUGGAGGUGUGCCGGGAGUUCCAGCGGGGCACGUGCAGCCGCGUGGACACAGAAUGCAAGUUCGCCCACCCACCAAAGUCGUGCCAGGUGGAGAACGGCCGUGUCAUCGCCUGCUUCGACUCGCUUAAGGAUCGCUGCACUCGCGAGAACUGCAAGUACCUGCACCCACCGGCACACCUCAAGACGCAGCUCGAGAUCAAUGGGCGCAACAACCUGAUCCAGCAGAAGAAUGCCGCCAUGCUGGCGCACCAGAUGCAGUUUGCGGCCGUGGCCGGGGUGCUGCCUGGCUCGCAGCUCCCACCUGUGCAGUGGCACCAUCUAUACAGCACUGGUGGGGAGGACUGUGGGAGGCCUCCGACAAAACUGUGGAACCUCUCUGCCCGUAACCCUGCGCUAGCGAUGCAGAUGUUCCCGGUGUCGCCGGGGCUUCCGACGACUCAGUCCGCGGCCUCGUCGCCCUUCAACCCCUACUUGGCGCCCGUGUCUCCGGCCAUGAGCCUCGUGUCGGCCACCGACCUGUCGCUGGGAAACCCCGUGCUGCUGUCGGGCAGUCCCACGGUCCCCAGCGGGCCCGUCCACUCGGGGCCCUCCAACCAGGCGCAGCAGGCCAGCGGGAGCAAGUUGGUGCGCGCCGACCGCCUCGAGGUGUGCCGCGAGUUCCAGCGCGGCAACUGCAGCCGCGGGGAGAGCGAGUGCCGCUUCGCGCACCCGGCCGAGAGCACGGCGGUGGACUCGGCGGACAACACGGUGACCGUGUGCAUGGACCACGUGAAGGGCCGCUGCUCGCGCGACAAGUGCAAGUACUUCCACCCGCCGCUGCACCUGCAGGCGAAGCUCAAGGCCAGCCAGCAGGCAGCGCAGCAGCACCAGCAUCAGCACCAGCACCAGGCGGCGGCGGCCGCGGCUCAGGCAGCCGCAGCGGCGAUGGCCCAGUCGGCUGCUGUCCAAUCGCUCAAGCGACCCCUCGAGGCCACCUUUGACCUGGCGCUACCCCCCGGAUUCCUUGCUCCGUUACCAAAGAGAGCAGCACUUGACAAAGCCAACGGGGCCACGGCCAUGUUCAGCCCCAGCGUCCUGCACUACCAGCAAGCCCUAGCCAGCAUGCAACUCCAGCAGCAGGCUACCUUCCUCCCACCUGACCCAAGUCAGUGGCACGAAUAUGCACAUAUGAUGGGGAGGACGUAUGGACGACUGUCUCAAGGCACCGUGCUGUGCAUGCCGCCCACCACAAGCCUGGAUUGUGCUACCAGCGUCGCGUCACGAGACCAGGCAUCCAUUUGGAUCACUCAGAGUUCAGUGCAACCCAUGAUGUCAGAGAACGGCCUUCCCACCCACCCGUACUACCACAUGAGAAUCCCCAUGAUUCCCGGCCCCGCGGGGAGCCCAGUGUCAGCCACGGCUUCGCCCAACAGCAACCUACCCUUCGUCACAUCCUCCAGCGCUAACCAGUCAGCGGACACCCUAAUCAUCUGUCGUGACUUCAAAUCGGGCCACUGCACUCGGCCAAACUGUCGCUUUCUCCAUCUUCUGGAAGAUCAUGUUGAAAUAGUGGAGGAUCGCGUGACGGUCUGCCGUGAUGCCGCCAAGGGAAAGUGCUCGCGUCCGCUCUGUAAAUACUACCACCCGCCCGCCGCCAGCUCGCACGCGGCCGCAGCAGCAGCCGCCGCUGCCGCCGCCCAAUCGGGCCUGCUGCAGUUUGCAUGCUGAGCUCCAAUGCCCCCCCCCCCCCCCCGCACACGUGCACCACCAACCCCUCCACCCCUUCGCCCCCAACUCCCCCGCUCCCACCCUGCCUUGCACCGUCUGACACCCACUGCCUACAUGCCCCCCAUAGCUGGCUGCUUUCCUCCCUGCCCCACCCCCUCCUCCCCCCCCCAACCUUUCCUCCCCACAUCCUCCCACACUUUAUACAGCAGCAAAGGGGGCGUGAUGACAAAAUAUAUAUUUCCCGGUACCAUUAGUGCGUUUUUUGUUGUUGUUGCUGUUGUGUACCAUCCACGCAAUUGAGGGAUUUGGUUCACUUUUCAAUUAAUGCUCUUGAAGUGCAGUACAGCUCAAUCGGCGUUUAGUCGACGAUUACAUUUAAUUAUUACGGCUGCGGUAAAAGGGAAGGAAUAAAACUGAUUGGCAUCAAUGAUCCUUUCGUAAUGGGGCAGUUUGGUAUAUAUAGGUUAACAAGUGCAUGCUCUUGAUGGGAAAUUUCCGUAUCUUAUGUAGAGUAUUUGUGAAAAGAACUUUAACAGUAUGGCUCAUUUAGACAGCAUAGUGGUGCAUGUUUGUGUUUAGCAAUGGAAAUGACAUGCUCUUGGAUUAGUCAAGGAAAGUGAUGUUCCAGAAGAUGAGAAAAUGGAAGAUUAGAAAUUUAGUUAUGUCUGCCUCCUGGAAUCUUAAACAGUUUGCACGGAUAUUAAAAAUUUGGCAAAGGCAUGAUGGCAACUUCAAGAGCACCGAUCUUGAAAAGUUGGAUUGGCAAAAAACAAAAAAUAACCAACACUGACAACAAGAAAAAAAAAACCAGAUGCGUCUGCAGUCAGACCCGCGUGGUGAGUAGGAACGAGACGCCGGGGACGGCAAGGCGAGGCACGUUUUUCACAUUCCCCAUCGCACGACCCGUCGCGCCCACGGACUUCGUCGCUCGCCACCCGAUGAAGGUUCCGUCACGCACGACCGGCGAACAUCCCGUCCGCUCCCCGUCGCGCGACCCCCCCCACUCCUCCUUCCUCACUCCCCUCCUCCACCCACAAACCCCAGGCGCCGUGAUGGCGUGGCAGCAGCAAGCCCCGCCGUGGCGUACCGCCCGGCCCCCCACGCUCGAUUGGCCCCGUUUUAGAGUUUUUGAACACGGUCGAAGGAAGUUCUUAAAGAAAAAAUAGCCUAAUUUUUAUUUCGUCUCGACCUAAAAUAUUGAAUUGGGACUAGGGUAUCCGUUGAUGUAAGGUUAAAGAAAUCAGCAGAGGUGGGACAAAGUCAUUGUUAUGCAAGUCCAAGUCGAGUCUGAAGUCAUCAAAUUCAUGACUCGAGUCUGACUCGAGUCCAAGUCACAUGACUCGAGUCCACACCUCAGAGGUGGGACAAAGUCAUUGUUAUGCAAGUCCAAAUCGAGUCUGAAGUCAAAUUCAUGACUCGAGUCUGACUCGAGUCCAAGUCACAUGACUCGAGUCCACACCUCUGGAAAUCAGUCGUCGUGAUACCGUCUGAACUUUUGUGUUCUGCGAGAUUCCUCCCCACGUGAUGUUACAUCCGUGACGAAACAUUGAACCAGAGCUGCAGUCGCUUUUCUCUAAAGUUUUAGUUUGAGGGCAGCGGCAAAAUUCCACUGCUGAAAUGAAAAGUAAAUACUAUUUUAAGCGUGGGUUUAAAUUAGCGUAAUUGUUCAACCUUCUGACGUCAAAGCAUGAAGGUCUCGCUGACCUGUUGUUGGUCUCGGACACAGUGUGAUCCGCUUUGACUCCAGCCGACUGAUUGGGCUCGGUGUUGGUUUUUCUUGGGUCCCCUCCGUUUAGUGGAGCGCAUGCUGUUAGAUCUUGGGAAGUCAGGGACUGUGCUGCGAUGGUUACAGAGCACUCGUCGCUUGUGUUUUGUGUUCGCAUUUCACGCUGGAAAAAGCAGCCCCCCCCCCCAACCAACAACCCCUUUCCUCGCUAAUCCUUCCCCCCCGCUCGCCAGAGUAGUUUCGUUCAUUCACAUAAAGUUGGCGCUUAGCUCGUAGUCACUGGCGUGGCAUCGAGUAAAAGAAAUUGUGCAAUCUUGAGUAAUCGACAAAUAUUUUAUUUUAAAUAUAUCCCCAAAAGUCGCGAGACUAUAAAAUGCUUUAACCAAAAAAAAAUAUCUUGCUACUAAGAAACUACUGCAGUCGCUGUUGGCAGUCGACUCUAAACUAGAUUUCUUGACCAAUUGAGAAGUAAGGUUAAAUGUUAAAAGCUUACGUUAAAUAAUGAAUUGUUACUACCUUGCAUGCAUCCUGAACUGCUCGUCGUAAAACUUUCACCACUUACUGUAGCAGGAGGUAGUCCUCGAGUUGUCAGUCCCACGCGUGGCAGAACGGGCACGCGUUCUGGCCAUUGUAAACAAACGCAAGUGUUACUCUUCGUGCGGCGAAUAGGGGACAGCACGGCGAUGUAUUUCUCAAGUUGUGUGCUUUCAGCAAGGUUCUGUGAACCACGCGAGUAGCAGCAGCAGCAGUAGCAACAGCGGCGGCGGCGGCGGCAACAGUUCGCAAGGCUGCGCACGUUUAAAGAAAGACAGAGACGACCUUGCCUCUGUGCGCGUUUUACGACGUUUUGAGUUUUGAGCGUGUGCCAUCCAAGGCAUCGUCUGAUGUGAACCUGAAUCGUUGUGCCAUUCCGCAUUUUUAAAAAUUUCAACGAAAAUAAUGUUAAUAUUACGUUCGAGGAUUUUAAUAUUCAUCUUAAUAUAUGCCUACAGUCAAUAAUUAAUUGAAAUGAUGCCUCUUUCAAAUUGAAAGUUGUUCGAAAGGAAAUUCCUUUGGAUGUUUUGAUUUCUUUCUAUAUUUCGGUUCCACCUUCUCGGGGCAGCCCUCUCUCGGUGGUGGGAGAGGCAUCCGAGGCACACGCACUCCCCCUCUUCAUCCGCUUGCCAGGCCGCCAAAGCCUGCGCGCUUGAUUCGGAAUGCUGUUGCGGACAAAGCCGUCGAGGAUGACACGAAAAAAACAACCAACCCCAUAUUUAUAGCGCGUUAGCGACCAUUGGCAUUAAGUGCUGCUGGUGGGCACUCCCGUUUCUCGAAGCCGACUUGGAGCGGCGUUUGUGGCCAGUACCCCAGUAACCCCUCACCUGACCGCUUUUCCUCUUUCUUCCUUCCGUCUCGCUGCAAAUCAAAAUAGCGCUCUUAAGCCGAUCUCGCCGACUGUUGGGAGGGGGGGGGAGGGCAGAGGCCUUUGCAGGGAACGGAGGUCGGGGUCGACGUUACGGGAUGUUGUUUUUGUUUUGACGUCGCGAACGUUCCCGCGAUUUGCACGCGCGUCGCCCGCCAGCCCGCCCGCCGCCCCGCGUCUCUUGGCAUCGCCGCAGGCCGGGGCCGGUUCGUUGUUCUGUUGGGGUUUGUGUCCGGGAAGCGGGGGGAGCAGAUCCACGCGGGCUCCAGGUCGGAUGACAACACGCGGUGACUUGUGGAGCGCACCGAUCCGGACCGGACCCCCUCUCCCACCACCACCACCUCCCGUCUCGACCUCUGCUCCCCCCCCCCCCCCCCCAGUCUGUCGCAACGUCGGUGGUUCGUCAGAACUGACCUUGGCCUUUGCUCGCACGCCCUGCUGAAAGUACGGUUCUCAAAUUGAGAAAUAUGUUGUAGCUCGGGAUGAGACAUUUUUACAUUGUAUUAUACAUACUUUUAAGGCCUUAGUUGUUUUUACGGGUUGCAUCCCAGACACGUACGUUUUCAUUAUUAAAAACAUUAGAGUGACUAGUCUAUAUGUCAUUUUAGGGUAUUAAGACCGCACUUAACAAAUCUAUGUAUUCAUUAUUUUUUAGUUUUAAUGGUAGAGUUUAAAUAUUUUUUAUGCUUUCGAGUUUUCUUUAUAAUAAGCUUUUAAGGGUGUGUUGGUUAAAUUUGAAUCUACUAGAUAUACAAAAGGACUAAAACUAUUACGGAUGUUGAUUUGAGUAUAGUGUUUUAUUGUCAUAACCUAAACAUUAACAUUUAUUUUGUGUGUUCUGUCUGUAAGCCAUGUUAUUACGAGUAUUGCCGUUUAUUUUAUUGUGAUAGCCGUUGGUUUUUAUCCAGUGUCGUUUACAUUUCAAGAACAAAGGCAUUUAAUGCAUGUUUCUUUUGGGCAAAGAUUAUCGGAGGAAAACAACACAAACCUGAGUGUUCUUAAAGCUGUGUUUUCUCAGACACGGACAAAAAAACCACGUUCCAUGCGAGUGAUAGUACAGUUCUCUCGUGUCGUUAACGAAAGGAAAAAAAAUCGCGGUAUUAAAUACAGGUUUCUAUAAAGUGCCGUUCAAAUAUAAUUAAAACUUAAAAAGUGCUUGAAUUGCCAAUGUUCGCCGGGAUUUGAGAUUCGCAUGCCCGGUCACAAAAGUUAUAUUCUGUGAUUGUGUUGUGUGUGCGUGCGCGUGCAAACCAACAUCAUCAUCAUCGUCAUCAGUGUGAUGUCAUAACUUGGUUGGGUAAGUGAAACCUGAACUGCAUCAGUCGAUAAACGAAAUGAGGGGGGUGUAAUUCGUGGUGCGCACUCAAAUCCAUCCGGAAUGGGACACUCCCCAACCACGUUUCGUGUUGUGCAUAUGGGCCUGGUAUAACUCGAGUUAAGUGUGAGGGUGGGGAACCGUCGCUUACUGUUGAAACUACGCGAUCCCUAAUUGUGGUGACGUUAAUAUGUUUCUAUUACGAGCAAACCAAAGUUUAACGGAGAAAGGGGAGAGAAAAAAAAACUUGGUGGUUGUAAGUGCAACUUAUAUACAGUGGCUUCAGAAUUGUGCUUUAGAUGCUGGUGGAGAGGAAGAGGUUGUGUAUGACGACAUUUUUGCACUUCUGUACAUAGUCAAAAAAAGGGGGGUGAGAGAGAGAGAAACAAAAAAAGAGAUAGAUUAAAAAAAAAGAAA